GCAGAAGCUCAGCGACCUCACGCGAUUCCUUUCGGGAGCCUGUGCCUGAUACACAAGAGCGGGCAUCGCGAUGGAGUUCUCCAGGCCAAUGAUGCCGGACGCGAAGUUCGCGACUUCAUCCAAUACAUCGCCCGUGGUGGCGCAUUUUUGUGGAAUCGCUUCUUAAUCGGGCAGGGACAAAGCAUUCAGUGCGAUCUUGCCGUCCAAGCCAAGGGCUCGGCUAAAAUCUCUUUGGCCGAGACAUCUUCUUCGCUGUAA